AUGGAACCUUUGGGAAAUGUACCCUAUUGCAAGGGUUUGUGGUCAGUUAUUUCUAGCACGACAAGUCGAUGUGAAAAAGCACUUGUCGUUGAAGAAAUUAAAAAUGCCACUGAAUUAUUAAAAGAAGGUCUUAUAUUUUUUAAACCCUUUACUGAAUCCUCCUUGGAGAAAGUUCAAAAGUCUAACCCUGGGCCUCGGAUGCUUGAUCUUGUGUCCAAGCUUGCAACUUUUCUGAAUCUAGAUGCCACAAUCGCCUGGGACUUGACUCUCAACUACAUGAUCUACGAGUACAGAAACAGUGGCGAAACCUUCGCAUCCCAUCUCGCGGAUAUAACCUCCAUGAAAGUUCUAAUCGAAGAUAUCUGGACAUUUUAUUACUCCGAGCGAAUAACAUUAAUAAAAUGUCUAAAACUAAUAAUCGAGUACCGAGACAACAAGCGUCAUCCUUAUCAAUCAGAAUUUUCCGAGUUUUUUAAAAAAGCUUCUUUGGAAUCAAUUCUGGAGUCCUCACUAAAGCAAAUAGACCGCCUCAAGUCUGCCAGUAUCGCCAACAGAUCUCACCUUCUUACAGAUGAUCACCUCCACAAAUUAUACAACAGCACCCUGGUGGAGAUGCGUGAGCUGCUCCACAUAGUCACAAUGUUACUAGACACCGUGCAACCUAGUGACUUCCAGAACAUCUACGAGAGCGUUUGCGGCGAGCCGCGUCGUCUGGCCGGUACAAAAAGCCACGAGGACAAGGAAAAAAUCACAAAACAACUCGAAGAAAUUCGUCACUGUCAAAUCGCUUUAUUUGUAGUAGCCCUUGAUGUAACCAAGCGUUACGAAAACAGCGCGAGUAGCGACGAAGUUUACAAUUGGGUUGAAAGACUCAGAGAAAAUAUCCAAGAAUUAGUAGAGCCUAAAUGCCGCAGAGACGGUUCUCCAGAAGACGGUCCGCUGUUGUUAGUCUGGAUGUUGGUAAAUUUUGCAGUGGAGCCUGAAAAUUCUGAAUUAUUAAACCGCUUUAGACCUUGCGGAGUCCGAGCAGUCCAGCUGGAUGUCUUCCGAACGCUCCAAAGUGUCCUGGACAGCGAAGUAAUCAACGAAUCUACGCGCUAUGCGCAAGUAGUACGCACAAGUAUCUACAAUCUUUUGUCAUUAUUAUGCUCCUUUGUCGACGAGGACAGGCUCAGCAAUUUCGAAGGAAUUUUCGACGUAGUUGCUUCAAUUUUACGCUACCCUGAAACAGCAACAGAAUUUUGGAACGACAGAAAUGAAGAAGGAGGUCUCUGGCCGCUUUUUCACCGAGCAGUGUCGCUUUUUCCGUACAGAUUUGAACCACUAACGCGAAUUGCUACUGGACUGGCCAACGCUUCGCUGCCCAGUGCUAAAAAAAUAGCCGCUAGAUUGGAAGAAUUAGACUCGGUGACUCUAGAAGAACCCAUUCAUCGUAACUUCACUCCCAACGCUGGUCCCAGGCAGCCGUACCGGCCUUAUGAAAAAGAAUGUACCCUCCAUCGCAAUGAAUUCACAAUUCCUGAUAAUUGCGAGAGAAUUGUUCUAGACAGCGACAAGGAAAUUGUUUUAUGGCGGACCAAGUCAAGAUAUGGCGACGCGUUUCAUUAUAAAAUUGAACUGCUGUUUUAUUACGCAGGGAGCGGAAUAAUGAAUGUUGUAAAUCAGCAGACAAGCUUGCCGGAGCAUGUAACUUUAGGAUUUACUCUACUGGAAGCUCUGCUGGCCUCUGAUGUGGACUUACCUUUAGGAAUGGUGAUCCCGACUGAACUAAGCCUGGAAGUAAUUAACAGAUUCUGUCACUCAAUUCUACCUAGAAGCUUGUACCUACUUGUCGCAGCGUGCUGUAGAGUCACGUCAAAGCUAGCUUUGAAAUACCCUGACGAAAUAUUCACGCGAAUGCGAGUGGGAAUUUACCCGAAGUUCAACGACUGGUAUCAAGAUAUUAAAGAACUAGCUCGUGCAUUUUCCUUCGAUGGAGGUCUUGUUGCAUCUUGGUUGUCCGGAAUUGAAACUAUCGAGCAUCGUUAUCCGAUUCUCAAUGCUUAUUUGGACACUCUGUAUAAUUAUUUAGUGUCUAAACACAGCGAGGAAGCGAUGUACAACAUGGAGAUCCCAGGGAUGGUUUUUUUACUCCAAGGAGUCUUGCCGAAGUUAGACUCUUGGUACUUUACCUCCGAGACGGAAAGAAUUGAGCUCUGGCUCAAGUCAAUGUCUUGCAUUCACCACGCGCUGGAUGUAAAUUUACCAAAAAACGACCCUAGAAAAAAGCUUCAGCUAGUUGUUGCUUAUAGUCUUCUUUAUUUAGAGCCUCGGCAUGCUUUAUUAAAGCUUGUAAGAACCGGAGAAAGAAAUCUAAGGAACCAAAUGAUGAACGAGUCUGAUUGGAUCAGCGGAAAAGGGUUCAAAGUUAUCGAGAGUGUAAGGCUAGCUCUUUCAUUGGUAAACCGGCUUUUGAUGUUCAGACAGAGUCUAGGACUCAGCGACGAUGAAAGAUCUCCUUUAGAAGUAGCUCUGUACACUUCACCAUCGCUGCCUACUGGAUUGUUAAUCGUACCGACGAUUGUUAAUUAUUUAUACGUCGAAUUUAGUCCUUCUUUGCAAGCAAUGGCAGUCAGUUUGUUAAAAAAAUUCGCUCAGGGAUUUUCCAUGUCGCUUUUGGUCUGCAUGGGCAUGGACGGAACGUCCAUUCGAGUGACCUUUGCCUCGCGUUUGAUGUCUCCAACUUGCUCAGCUAAAGUCAAGGUCACGAUAUUGGAGCUAGUGGCAGUUUGUUUGGAACGACAACCAGGAUUGACCGAAGCGCUGUUUAAUAUUAUGCACCAAGCGGAGCAGAAAAGAAUGUUUCCAAAAUCUGCUGAUCAAUUUUUAACCGAAGGUUGCAGCCACUUUAUUGAACUCUACUUAGAAAGGAUUUCUAAAGAGAAGGAAAUUGUUUAUGACAAACUUUAUGAUAACACAAUGAAUUUAAUCCGCGCAAUUUGGUACAACCGCAAUACAAUUCUUGUUAAUUAUUUUAGAAAACGUGAAAAGUUUUGGAACCAAAUGUUCGCUCCGUUGUUUAGACCGCUGGUUUCUGGCUCUCGAGGGUACGCUUAUUUAAUAGACAUUGCAACGCUUGAAUUGUUUGAAUCAGCGCCUCCGUUGUUGCCUGAGAAUGAUUUUACAAAAAAUUUAGAGAUUUUUUUGUACAAAGACAACCACUGGGAGCGAUUUAUUGAGUAUAUUUUAGCAAAUCCAGCCAGUACAAUGGAUACAGAUUCCAAAAUUGAAGAAGAAAACAAUAGUAGCAACGAAUCUCCAUUGUAUGAAGCGAAUAUUGAAGCUUGGUAUCAUUUUAUAGUAACUUUAACCGACAAUAAAGUAUCUAGUGAAUUAAUGACUCAAAUGGAAGCUUCAAGAGUUCAGUUUAUGAUGCGCUACACCCUGGACUCGCUUUCACUUAGAAUAAAACGGACCAAGACAAUAGGAGACGCGAGGAUAACAAUGCUGCUCGCUUCCCUGGCGCUUAGAUGUGUCUUCACCUGGAAAUUAAAGUGCGUAGAUGAGCAACAAGCUUUUAUUUCCCGGAUUGUUCAAUUAAUGGAAGAUAUUUUCCACUCUUACGACAACUACGGCGCGGGUUUGAGGAGAAUAUUGGUUUCUUUAUUACUAGGGUGCAUCCAGCUGGUAAAAAGUGCUAUGGCUGAAGAUAAAGCCAGCUUGGAGUACCUUCUAAUUCAGUCAUGCUUGCUGUCUAACAUCGAAUUGCGCAAACUUAGUGAUGCUGUAAAGAAAACUCAAGAAGUCCAAGCCGCUAGUGGGAAUAUCAAGCAUGUAGUUGAAGAAGAAAAUGAUAUUAUUGACGGGAAGAUAUCUUCUGAUUCAACAAAGUCAACUCAUACAUCAACACCAGCUACGUUGACAAUUAGCAUGGUGACUCAAUUAUUGCAGUGCAUUAACCAGCAAGACCCACUGAAGUACGGGAACAGAUCAGUGUGUCUCCACCUUCGUCAACUAGCUCCAGAUUUAAUGUCCUGUUUAAGUACUUGUCUGCAAAGUCACAGGUACGUAGGUUUCAGUCGCGCAGGGCUUGAAUUAUUGGGCAUGCUUGCUAGAUCAACGACUUACAAUCCUCCACCGCGGCCUAUCGACGAGCAGGAGUCAAUAGCGAAGCUCUGGCUGGCUCUAGUUCCUCCUGAGAGUCUCAGGAACAGCAUGCUAGAGUGUCUCUAUGAUGACAGGACGUGUCAAGGCCAGUGGAGGUGCCAGGACUGGUGGAUGAUUUAUACUCUAGGUUUAGAAUUUAUUACUGGACUGAUAAUGAGCAGCAUUGGCUUUGGUGGGCAGUCGUCUUGUCAGUCAACCUAUGUCACGUCAGUGGUAAUUUUUUUGGGCUCGCAUGAAAAUCAACUUACUGAAGUGGCGACUUUGUUAAGACACACCGCGGACCCUAGGGCCAUUGAUCUUGUCCAGUCGCUAGUUGCUCUGAUAUCUGCGCUGACUAUGCGAACUGCUGUUUGGGAAAUGAUACAACCUAGUGUACGUGAAGGUCUUAUGAAUUGUAUGUAUUUAAUUUAUGACAGUACAGUUAAUUUAUUAUUACGUCCGAGGAUACUUAAAUUUAUAAUUGACGGUGUUAGUGUAGAAAGUGCUGAAGACCUUCAUUGGUGUGAUGAAAAAUUACCGAGUAAUGAGCUUAAAUUAGUUGUUAAUAAAUUGAUUGUCAUUAAUUGGUGGUGCGCACAAUGUUUUGUUAGAUUUUCUCCGAGGCUUAAUGCAUUGGUUGACACUAUUUACACCCAAAAUUUUUGGCACACACCACUUGCUGAAAUAAACUUUGGACCACCUCAAAUGUCUAUUAAUUCCGGGCCGAGUUUAACUUAUGGGACAAUAAUUAGUUCUACUCAAUUGUUUACUCAAGCUCUUAAUGUACAUCUUGCUAUUAAUUCUUCGCCAAAAACUAUUCAAAGGACACCCUCUAAAGAUGGUAUGGACUCUGCAAAACGUGAAUGGGAACGUUCAACUCCGGAAUAUCCGAGGAAAAUUCAUCCCAAAGAUUUGAGACGUGUCUUCAAUGUCUCCGGGCCGGCUCAUGCGUAUUUUGAUCACUCGGGUUACGCUUCUAGUCAUGGAUUACUUGGCAAUCCUCGGCUUCUCAGGCGCCCGUAUGAUCCUUUAAUUUGUGAGAAUACAAUUCUUUCAAGGACAACGCCGUUUUCUCAUCACACCAGACACGUGUCCAAAAACGGGACUCAAAAUCAGAGCGUUAAUGUUGGACAGUCCAUUAGGGUUGACGCUAAUCCUUGGUUUGAUUCGAUGGAUAAAAAUAAUUCAAGGCUUGCUUUAGAGAUAAAUCUUGUUCUGGUUCUCUGUCAGACUUUGGAAGGUGUUAAGAGCCCGAGACUUGCAUUGAGAGAUCGUCAGCUUAUUGCCCGUGAAACUGCAAAUGAGAUUGGGAUGUUCUUUGAUUUUCUCGAGCAACGAGCCUCUGGAUUAAGCGAUUGGGAUAUUCAGGGUGCGUUAGUUGGUGUUGGUAUGAACGAAGCGUCUGUGAAAAUUAUUAAGCCACCGGUUAAUGUGUUAACGAUUAAUGCUCAGCUCAGUAAUCAAAGCACGAUUAAUAAAGCUCCUGUUAAUGCUAUUGAAUAUAAUCCUGGUGAAGGAACGUCACGUGAUGAUGAUUCACAAGAAAAGGAAGUACGGCUUGAUGAUAAUAUUGUUUCAACUGGGUGUUAUAAUAUUAGUUCUUAUAAAAUUAAAUUUUUGUCAUUGCUUGGAAAGCUUUUUAAAUCUACGUUAGAAUCCCUCGAUUCUGCACAAUAUGGAUAA